AUGCUGAUACAACGGCUACAGCCGCCGCUGAGGGCGUCGUUAACUUCAAUUGUUCGACCAGGAGCUUCGAAUUCGCACACGGGACUGAAUGAGGCAUUCGCUGCGCUCAGGUUGUGCCAAAAGGAAACUCAGGCCGGAAACUUGAACUUCGUCCGAUAUGCUACGCAUAAGGCGCAAGGAGCAGUGAACAAGGCGAAGGAUGGUCCGGGAAAGAGGCUGGGUUGCAAGAAGUCUGGAGAACAAUAUGUUAUCCCAGGCAACAUUAUCUUCCGUCAACGAGGCACGCACUGGUUUCCCGGUGACAACUGUGCCAUGGGCCGCGACCACACCAUCUACGCGACCGAAUCCGGCUACGUGAAGUAUUACAAAGAUCCCGAAAGGCACCCCAAGAGGCAAUACAUCGGCGUAGUCUUCGAGCGAAACCAAGUCCUUCCCCUACCGAGAAACUCGAUGCGCAGACGGAGAUUAGGCCUUGUUGCAAGCCAGAUGGAAUUCUCGACCGUUGCCGAGAGCCCAGAGGUUGUGCAAGAGUCGGCCGAACUGCAGACGGGGGAGGGCGCCGUGCAGAGCCAGGUGUCGGCGCCAGCGCCGGUAAAGAAGGUCCGUGAGAGGAAGGGAGAGGAGGGCAGGGUUUUGACGCUGAGACCGGGAUACAUGUACCGCGAGGCCAAUUGGGAGAUUGGUCGUGCGGCCGAGCGUGCGAAGAUCCAAGUCAGAGAGUUCAAGCCCGGGGAUAGAUGGACGGCAUGGAAGAAGGCUACAAUUCGAAAGGCGGCGAAUGCCGGGAAGAGGGGCUUAAGAGGGAAUAAUAAGAGGAAGAAAUAG